CCUACGGCUACUGGCAUGUUUGGUUUGCCACGAACUAUCGAUUCGAUCCUAUUGAUCCACCGCAACUUUGCAUAUUCGUUGCAUUUUUGUCGGCGUGUGGGUGUUUGUGUAUUGGUAGAGUCUGUUAGUAGUAGACUAGUGAUGCAAUCCUUAAUCAGGUCUACUGUUCCCCGCGGAUUUGUAAUUUAAAGCCACAAUAACUUGAUGAGUUUUCGGGAUUUGGGUUGGACUAGAUGAUGUAGGUUUUGUACUGGCACUCGCAAGCAUCACUUACAUUUUGUAAUGUUAGCGCUGCUGGUUAGUAGUUAAGAGGGACAUAGUUAUUUCAGAACAUAACGAUUACUGUAUUAGUUAGGGAUGUUGCAAAUUUAUUCAUGUGUAUUUAAGUAGUUUGCAGCAGGUUGCCUCAUAGUUCUAAUGUUUUACAUCUGCCCAUUUUCCAGACUGAGAAGGCUUUCCUCAAGCAGCCUAUUGCCUCUUCCAUGCUUUCUAUUCUUUGUGAGCUACAUACAUUUCUUAACCGAAAUUUUCUGCUUAAAUGUAGCACAAAGAAAUCUGCCAAGGGUAAGAAGCCAGGCAAGGGAGGCAGCCGCCUCUGGAAGAGCAUUGGCCUGGGCUUCAAGACCCCCAGGGAAGCAAUUGAAGGGACCUACAUUGACAAGAAGUGCCCAUUCACUGGAACUGUUUCCAUCAGAGGCAGGAUUAUUGCUGGAACAUGCCAUAGUGCCAAGAUGAACAGAACCAUCAUUGUUCGCAGGAUCUACCUCCACUUCGUUAAGAAAUAUCAGAGGUACGAGAAGAGGCACUCCAACAUUCCCGCUCUCAUCUCCCCAUGCUUCCAUGUCAAGGAAGGUGACCAUGUCAUCAUUGGCCAGUGCAGGCCCCUGUCCAAAACCGUGAGGUUCAAUGUUGUGAAAGUCAUCCCAGCUGGAUCCACUGGUGGCAGCGGCGGGAAGGCCUUCACCGCGGCUUGAGCUUUAGACUAUGUUCCAUGAGUAGUCUAUAGAAUGAUGUCUUUUUGCUAAAAAUUCCUGCUAGGCUGGUGUUUUCGACUAUGGUUUGGUGAUUGUUGGCUGUCUGAAUGGAGUCUCGUCAACGGAACAUUAUUCGUAUGAGGUUAUAUUUGGGCUGUAAUUGCUUAUUGUGCUUUGGGCUGAAACUUUUGUUUUGGUAAAUGGGUUGUGUAUAAAGCUGAAUUUGGUUAGCUAAUAA